AUGGGGGCGGAGCAAAAUGAGUUUCGGGAACUGGAUUGGGCAGACGUGGGGAGAAAGUAUUGUGUCGCCAACUACCUGAUGGCUUCCUAUUACCGCUCAGUGCUUGCAGUCAAGCGGCAGCUGACAGUGGAUGUAGACAGAAAGCCAGUUUCUUGCACAGAUCUGCUUUUGCGAGCGCUGCCAUAUUUGCUUUUUCCAGAUGUGGUGGUGGCCACAAUAGGGAAAGAUAAUGUUCUACCUGAUGUUUCACAAGAGCAGCUCGCAUUUGAGAUUCAUUACGCGGCCGCCGUAAUUCGGGUGUUGAAGCGCUUGGGAGUUCGUGCAUAUGGUUUGGAGAGCCCAAGUAUGGGGAAGAUUUGUAGAAUGCAGGGUUCAACUUUCGCCAUUGAAGCGGUCAUGGCUUCUCGCAGAGCAGCUGACAUUGAAGAACACCGAAAUCGCUUUGACCAAGUGACAAACUACGCAAAAGCCAAGCACAAGUGCUUGCUGAUCAUUGGAAGGCAUGACCAGGACAGCAAAUUGAGAAAACUUGUGCGAGACACGUGGGGUGGUAUAGAAAUUGUUGGACUUGCAGCCAAUUCGGCACACACAGGCUACCAUGUCUAUGUGAAGCAGCAAGAGCAGCAAGGUAAGGAAGUUUUGGACUUCUGCAUCCCAUGCGAUGGAGUUGCAAGGAGCUUUUCCUUCAAGGAUGAAGAACCAUUCUUUGAGAUCAGUUCUGCCCAGAAGUUCAAAUCCAUUCAGCCAGGCUGGAUUUCUCUUGAGCAUUCAAACAUAUUCAAACUCACAGGUCUGUGUUUUGAAAGAUGUCAGAACGUGUAG